AUGGGCCCUUCACUACCGGCACUAGAGGAGCUGUGGGACUCGAUUGGCGAAGUCUUACGGGUGUCUCCGAGCCAGAAGAUCUGGAGCUUUUCAACGCCUGACGAUCAAGUAGCACGCCAAGAGCUCCUACAGCUGGCGCAGUUGGGGCGGAUUCUGGAAGAGCUACCCAUCAUCCUCCGCGACUGCGGACUGCAAGGCAACGCCCAGAAGAUGUUUCUGCAGUCGGUCACCGUUUUCCAGUCACCGCCAGAGAAGAUCUUGAACGCCGCAGCUUCUUCCCUUCUCGUGCUGGAGCAGCAUUGGUCGGCAAGCGCGUGGCAGGAAGCAGGGUCCAAGCUGGGCCUGCUGAUGCAGGAUAUGCUUCUGGACACGUUUCCAGAAACUGUGCAUUUUGAUGGCAGGUUGCGGACGCUGAAGACACAGGGGCCCGGCCAAGGAGCAACCACUCACGUGGUAUUCCUCUGUCUAUGCGCCGGCUUGGCAGUGCCAGUCACAGGCUUGGCAGCUGCCAGGGGCUGGAAUGUGCCCCGCAUUGUUCGUGCAAUGUUUGAGAUCCGACAGGUUCGCUGUGACACCUGCGAAGAGGGUCGCAGAGGACAAGCGGUGGAGGAGAUUCAGAUCGAGGUCAACCGUAUCAGAAGAUUGGAAAUGAGUGGUCUGCUGGAGGAGGAGGAGACUGUCGAGGACUUUCAUGAGUCCUUUGCUGCAAAGGGAACGGAUGACAUCAGACAUGCAGUGACAUGCAGCGAGUUGCAGAAAGUUGAGGCAGCGGAGGAAACAAUUCAUCGCACAGACUUGAUUGCCCAAGGUUUCCAGGACCGCGAGCUGCGCUACAGGGGCAACAUUGCAGCUGCCCGUGACCAAUUGCUGGACUACGCGCAGGAGUACAGCAAGUUACAAGCCGCUUUACGAAGAUCAACGGAAGACCUCUCCCUCUUGCGAGAUGACAUGGAGGUUGUGCGAGAUGACUUUGCCAGAUUCCAGCGCAACAGCGAGGAGGAGGAAGAUCGUGACCGGGGGGCCCUGGCCCUCCUGAGCGGCGAGCGCAAGGAGCUCGAAAGGAAGCUGUCGGAAUUGAAAGACCGAGGCCGUCAUCUCGACUUCGAGAGCAACAUGCUACGAAGUCGAGCUGAGCAGGUCAGGGAGAGAGUCGCCAAUGAAGUUGCUGCGUGA